GAAGCUGGUGUUGAAAUUGAUCCUUUAGGGGACCUGAACACAGAAUCAGAGAGAAAGCUUGGCCAGCUUGUUUUGGAGAAGUAUGGGACUGAGUUCUAUAUACUCCAUCGCUAUCCGUUGGCUGUCCGACCAUUCUAUACCAUGCCUUGCAGUGAUGAUCCAGCUUAUAGUAAUUCAUUUGAUGUCUUCAUUCGAGGGGAGGAGAUAAUCUCUGGAGCUCAACGUGUCCACGUACCCGAAUUCUUGGCAACACGUGCAGAAGCCUGUGGAAUUGAUGUCAAAACUAUAUCAACAUAUAUUGAUUCUUUUGGGUAUGGUGCACCUCUGCAUGGUGGAUUUGGUGUGGGAUUGGAGCGUGUGGUGAUGCUCUUUUGUGCCCUAAACAACAUCCGCAAAACAUCACUCUUCCCUCGUGACCCUCUCAGGAUUGCUCCAUGACAUUUUAUUCUAGUAGCGUGUUCUGCCUGACUCUUUUUUGUCACCAAGAUUGUUUCCUCUGGAUGUUAUUUUGUUGGAAAUGUCUUACCAGAUAAAAUUUACUAGUUUUUCACUGGAAAAAGUAACAUUUACAUACAUCCCAAAAUUGUUCAUCUUCAUUAUUAUAUACGCAUGUUGUCCAAUUGCAUUGCAUGUGGUCAUUUGUUGUGCUGUGCAGUUUUUUCUGUUUCUAUUUUCCUCAUUGAUUUACACCUAAGAAGUUAUGUCAUGCUCAUAUCAAAAUAAAACCUAAAAAAAUGUUAUUAGGUCCUGAACUAGGCUACUUGUAUCAAUUACGUUGUCCCUCAAGUGCAUAAUUUCCUAAUUCUUUGAACAAGAACUUCCUACUUUAGUUAUUUAUUUUCUUCAAUUGUUAAAUGAAACUUUGUGACAAAUGAUGGUAUCAAUAUUACCAUCAUUUUUACUGCAUUCGUCCCAUAUUAAUAGUCGCUUUUGAAAAUUUUAAACUUUUUAAAGAAAUAUAACCAUUACAUUUUGAAUUCAAAAUUUAAAGGGUUAAUUUCAAAAAUAUCUUUCUAUUCUUAUUGUUAAAUAUAUUUAUAAUGCAAUUGAAGGCCUUGUCAUGAUUAUGGCAUCGAUAAAUGCCAAAUUCCUUAAUUGCAUUACUCAAAACUUCCAGCGUCUAGCAGGUAGCUGAGAAUCUUUACCGUUGGUUUUGAAUUUGGAUCGCAUUUAGAUUUGCUUGGGUUAUAUUUUGAUUCAGAGUAAUUAAUGUCAGUUUCAGUGGGCAGAUAUUCAUUGUGAAACAGAGUUGAGGUUUCAUCAAUUGUGAAGACUAUGGAUAGAGUUUACAAUUUUGUUAGUGCCUCAGAGAAUCAUUGUUUGGCUACAGUUGGCUUCAAGCGGAUGCUUAAUCAGGAGCAUGCUUCUUACCAAAUCCAGUUCAGUGUGCUGGAGAGGUAGUAUCAGUGAUAACUAUUGUAUUUUGCAAUUUUGCAAAUGGAUUUGAGUGAGACCAAAAUCCAUCCAAAUUCUAAAUAAAAAUGUUCUCUUCCAUGUGAUAAUCCAACGGCCUAUGUUUAAAGUUAAUGCAAAA